UCUCUGCGCCCGAUGCAUCCCCGGGCCGAGGUGGGGUCACUGUGCUGGUGGCGUGUGGGGACAGCGGAGCUGGUGGAUGCGGGGCUGCGGUGCGGCCCGUGAACCUGCCCUUGUUCUGCUGCCGGAGGGGAAACAGAGCCCGGAGCACGAGCAGAGCGCAGGCGAAAGCACCCGAACCCAGCCGGGUACCCGCAGGAGGGAGGAAAUUCCCAUCACCUUCUGCAUCUCCAGCCUAACCCCGGUGCUCCUGGGAUGUUCCCGUUUGUUGCCCCCCCGUGAAUUCAUUCCGAUUUGGGGGAACGCAGCGCAGCCCUGCGCGCAUCCCCUCCUCCUGCUGGGAAGGACCAGCGCUGCGCUGUGCCCUCACCGCUCCCAUAGGAAACGGGGAAACAAACCCCCGUGCUCCGGCCUUGCCUAACGCUGGGUGUGUUGCGUCCCAACGUUGCACAACCAUCACCGCUGACUGUUACAGCGCCGUGGGUUUGGCUGCUCGCAGCAGUUACCGUGAAUCAUUAACCCGCGGGUACAACCACGGGCUGCAACACGCUCUACCUCCUUCCCCGGCUCAGCUCCGCGCCGGCGGGUCUGGGCCAUGCGCAGCCGAACCUCCCCCCGCAGACGCCCCGCAGCCCGCAGGGAGCGCUGCCGGGCCGGGCCGGGUCGAGCGGAGCCGGGCGAAGCGCAUCGGCAUCGGCAUCGGCAUCAGUAUCGGCAAUGGGGCCGGGCUGCUGGAGGGCGGUGAGCAGCUAUUCCAGCCCGCAGGUGGUGGUGGUGCGGGACGGGCGGCUCGGCACCGCGUAUCGAGCGCUGCAGCUCCUGGUGCUGCUCUACUUCAUCGGGUAUGUGUUCAUCGUGCAGAAGGGAUACCAGGAGCGAGAAACGGGCCCGGAGAGCUCCGUCAUCACCAAGGUGAAGGGCGUGACGCAGUCACCGAGCAAGGUCUGGGAUGUUGGGGAGUACGUGGACCCCCCCGAGGGUGGGAGCAGCUUCAGCAUCCUCACACGGGUGGAGGUGAGCGCUGCCCAGGCCAUGGGGACGUGCCACGAGGGUCCCAGCGCUCCAUGCCACUCAGAGCAGGACUGUGUCUCUGGGACCAUGGAUGCAUCCCAGCACGGUGUGAGGACGGGGCACUGUGUGCCCUGGGGCAGUGGGAGGAGCUGUGAGGUGCUGGCCUGGUGCCCUCUCCAUGUAGGCAGCAACAGCGAGUCCUUGGCGGAGAUGGCAGCGCAGUUCACCAUCCUCAUCAAGAACCACAUCCGCUUCCCCCGCUUUGGCUUCUCCAAGGCCAACAUUCAGGCUGCCGAGAGCCACUACCUGAAGAGCUGCACCUUCAAUGCCACCUCUGCUCUGUACUGCCCCAUCUUCAGGCUGGGCUUCCUGGCUGAGCAGGCAGGCGAGGACUUUGCAGUGCUGGCUGAGAAGGGUGGGGUGAUUGGCGUCAUCAUCAGCUGGGACUGCAACCUGGAUCUGCCUGAAAUGGAAUGCAACCCACGCUACUCCUUCCGCCGCCUCGACCCUAAAGGGGCUUUGGCAUCCCCAGGCUACAACUACAGGUUUGCCAAGUACUACAUCUGGAACGGGACCUGUACGCGGGUGCUGACAAAGGCCUAUGGGAUCCGUGUGGAUGUGAUUGUGCAAGGCCAGGCAGGGAAGUUCAGCCUGAUCCCCACAGUCAUCACAUUGGCCACUGCACUCACCUCGGUGGGGCUGGGCUCCUUCCUUUGCGACUGGGUGCUGCUGUGCUGCAUGGACAAGGAGCGGCGGUACAGCAGCAGGAAAUAUGAGCAGGUACCAGUGGGCUGAGGAUGCUCCUCUGCAGCCCCACACUAUCCCCUCCCCACCCCCAAAAUGACAUUGCCCACAGCACCUUACAGCCACCCACUACUGAUGUCAAUAAACCAAUUGUGCCGGUGUCAAUGGAAGGA